CGAAUGGUGGUUGUGGAUGAACUUACAAUGCUGCGUUCGAUGGUCGUCCGGAAACGAGCUAUCCUCGUGUGUUCGUUCUUCCCCAUGCUCGGCACCGGGAUGAGCAGCACAUGGCCCGGGACGCCGGGCAUCCCCGGGCUUCCUGGAAUUCCGAUGCGGCCGUCGCGACCCUGA